AUGGCCAAAGAAAGUCAUCCAAGGAAACUGGUAAAAUCGAGAUAUGUAUGUAUGAACCCUGAGCUCCCAACCGAAAUCAUAUUCUAUCAUAUACUCCCACGGCUACCACCAAAGUCUCUGAUGCGAUGCAAGUCUUGGUCUUCCCUCUUCCGCAGCCCUUCCUUUGUCACCGCCUUCAACAAUUUUCACUGCAACGACAGAAACAAGAGCACCACUAACUUCCUUUUCCAUAACAAUAGCCGUUUGUUCUCUUCAAAGAUAGAGGAGCAACAAGGAGAGAAUAAUAUUCUAAUUUCAAGACUCGGAGCCAAGUUCUCGAACGUUAUCCUGAUCAUUGUGCAAUGUGUCCAUGGAUUGGUUUGUGCAUCCUUUACGUGUGGUCCUGUUUUCAUACUUAACCCUAGCACUCAAGAGUCCAUCGAACUUCGCUAUGUAAUAGAUAAUACUUACUGCUUCCCCUACGCUACAUAUCACUUCGGCUAUAGUCCACUGACUAACGAGUAUAAGGUUCUCCAGAUCUUGUCCUUUCAACCCAACCUACUUAGCAAUAGGCAUAUUCGGUUCAACACAUUCACCCUAGGUAGAGAUUCUUCAUGGAGGCCAUUGCAGGUAGACCCUGCCCACCUUCGUUUUUUUUAUGAUACAGGUCACGCCUCUGACAUAAGGAAUGGGAGAAGUACCCGACGUGUGUGCCUGAAUGGGGCCAUACACUGGAUCCAUGGGACGCAGAAAAUAAUAGUGGUAUUUGACGUUAGAGAGGAGACCUUCAGACUGGUGUCAUUACCUGAAGAAUAUGCACGAGAGUUUGGUCCAGAUAAUUAUGGCGGCAAUCGGAUUGCUUUCCCUACAGGUGUUGUUGAGGUGGGAGGAUGUGUGGGUGUGUUUGCUGACAAGUCGUGGAGACACAACGAGAUAGUGUUAUGGAUUUUGAAGGAUUACCAAAACCUUGUGUGGGUCAAGGAGACUAUUACCGUGAUGCCAAGAGGAGCAGGGUACGUUGAAGCUUUGGGUACAAUCCAUACAGGUGAGCUAGCCCUCGCGCUCCAUUUUUAUGGAAAUUUACCUGGAUUUGAGAAUGGACCACCUCAAUUGCUUCUUUAUGAUAUGGAGAGCAAACAAUAUAGAAUACUUGAUUUCAUUUUUCCUAAUAAUAUGGGAGUUACUUGGGGAAUACCGUUUAAGUUAAUUGCUAGUUAUGAUGAUAGCAUUGUCUCCUUAAAAUGA